ACCUGUCGCUGCAAUCAAGCCAUCGGUUCCGGCUUUGGUCGUGAAGCCUCACGGUCUUAGCAUGGAUGCUACAAUCAAGUGACACUACUCAAGUGAUGCAAGUGAUGCAAGUGAUCAAUUUCAAGUUUUCUGUUGAAUUCAGUUGCCCAUCAACACGAAGGAGCUUACGAAGUCGUCGCAUUCAUAAUGGAACAACGUGCUGCCAUUCCCGUCUCGCUGCCUCGGGCAGACCCAACCCAGAGCUACUGGCAGGAUCCUCCCGAUGACAUCGCGGACCUACGUUCCACCGAAGCGCUACCACAGUCAGCCGAUAUCGUCAUUAUUGGAAGCGGCAUCUCCGGAGCUGCUGUAGCCUGGAAUCUGUUCCAGAAUGGCACGCAUGACAUCUUGAUGCUUGAGGCGCGACAGGCGUGCUCCGGGGCUACGGGACGUAACGGCGGACAUACCAAGGCAGCGUCUUAUCGAUCUUUUCUUCAUCAUGCCAAAGAGUAUGGCACCGACGCAGCAGCGCAAAUCGCUCGUCUUGAAUUGGACAACAUCCGCGCUGUCCACGCAUUCACCCGUGAGCACUCGAUCCCUUGUGACUCGUAUCCUUGCGACACCAUCGAUGUCAUAUAUGACCGAGCACAAUGGGAGCACGGUCAGCGGGCAAUUCAGGCUAUGCGCGACGCGAUGCCUGGGCACCCAGCUGCUGAAUACACGCUCUACAGCCUAGAAGAGGUACAGGACAAGUUCUACUGCGGCAAAGGCGGCGACGAAAGUGUCUGCGGCGGCAUCGUCUACGAGGCUGGUAGUUUGAGCGGCUACAAACUCGGCAUCGGUGUGUUGAAGCUGUGCCUUGACAGAAGACUGAAUUUGCAGACCAACACUCCUGCUCUCGCGCUCGAGAAGACCGAUGAUGGCAAAUGGAAAGUUGAGACGCCGCGAGGAUCAAUUAUUGCCGCGAAGGUUGUGCUGGCGACGAAUGGCUACACCGCCCAUCUUCUCAAGCGCUUCCAAGGGUUGAUUGUCCCUACCCGCGGUCACGUCACCGCUCAGAGGCCCGGGCAGAAUAUGCCUUCAGAGGGUUUGGCCACGACAUACAGCUUCAUAUACGACAAAGGAUUUGAAUACAUGAUCCCACGCCCUAAAGGUACACGCUUCGAGGGCGACAUUGUCAUCGGAGGGGGGCUGUUUAAGGCACCAGAGAAUGGGCUGAUGGAGAACGGGACCACCGACGACACUGAAGCAGACAACAUCAUCCAGGAAUUCCUGUACGAAUGCCUACCCAGUUACUUUGGGGAUAAUUGGGGCGAAGAUCACCCCGAUGGCCGCAUUCGCAAGCAAUGGACCGGCAUCAUGGGCUAUAGUCCGGAUGGCGUCCCAUUUGUUGGUGAGGUUUCUGGCGAGAAGAACUUGUGGAUGUCUUGCAGCUUUCAAGGACACGGCAUGGUUCUUUGUUGGAUGUGUGCCAAAGCCCUGGCUUGUAUGAUGGACGGUCGGGACGAUGCGGAGCUGAAGGGUUGGUUCCCUGAUGCCUUCCGAAUCAGCGAAAAGCGGAUGGGCUCAACUUUCCAGGGCCUCCUGCAUGUGACGGCCGAAGAAGCAUCGUGAUGAGUCAUUCUAGCAGUUAAAUACCGAUUCGGUGUCCCUUCUCAAUCGAAUGUUGUCGAGUUGGUAUACGGGAUAUGCGUUCGACGUACCAAGCCGCAUGGUGGCGUGUAUGCUUAAGUAGGCUGCCGUCUUCAGAUGUCAAAGACGGGUACGAGUCGCAGCUUAUUGGGGAAAAUUCAAUUUGCGGAACAGAUUGUUGUAUGCGCGGUCUUAGCUCGCUCUUGAAAACAUAGCAGCCAUCAACGUGCACCAUGCCCAUGUUUACACAGCACACGGCGUGGUGGGUUGCUUGAUUGGGACUAACACCAAACAUUUCGACAAAAAUAAAAAUGACUUGUCGUUUGGAAGAAAUGAUAGAAAAUGAUCUCUCCCCGAAUAAAGACUAGAACGAGGAUGGGCAUUGAAGAUUGCCAUGUUGGUCCUCCCAAGAUCCACCGAUGCUCCUCUAUUCCCU